AUGCCUUCGCAAAGCCAUGGACACGUCUUCCUAGUGGUGGCUUUGUGUUUGGUGGCUUUGUUUCUUCUGUUGAGGAUCCAGCAUAACGAGGAUUCGCACAGCGCCUUUCCGUUCUCAAAGCAGUACUCCCGCACUAGUCGCGGGUUGUCCAAUGCAAUUGGUAAUGACACUCUUGGGUUCCAAAAAAUCUUCGUAAUUAACGCACCAUGGAGGACAGACCGAAAAGAUUCAAUAUCAAUCGCUGCAUCCUACAGCGGCUUAAGUUUAGACUGGGUGGAUGGUGUCGCAGCGGAGAACAUUCUAGAGAAGGCAUAUCCACCAGGAAACCAUCGGACAAUAUCAGAUGGAAAUAAGGGCAGUUGGCGGGCGCAUAUGAAUGCAUUACGAGCUAUCAUCCAACAGAAUCUGACCACAGGUUUGAUCCUUGAAGACGAUGCGGAUUGGGACUUCCGACUGCGAUCUCAACUGGAGGACUUCAGUGUUGGGGCAAGGAUGUUACCAAACCUUAUCACACAAGCCGAACUACACUCUCGUUCUAAGAAGCCACCGCAACUUAUGGAUGACCAAAGGCUCUCACAAUUUGAACUCGCAAAACGAUCUUCUCUCGCCAUCUCUUCUCCCUCGAGCCGUAACAUCCCCAAAGCAGAACCCUAUGGCAGAGAUUGGAACAUCCUCUGGUUGGGGCACUGUGGCGCCGAACUGUCGCCAUUAUCGCCCAACGCCCCUAAUCGCAUCGCCAUAAUGAACGACAAAACAGUUCCGGAACCCCAAUACUUAAAGCCCAUGCCCCUCGCGUCCCUCGACAAAAUCUCUAGUGUCUAUCCCCCCCACACGCGCAUCAUCCACCGUACCAACUCCACUCUCUGCUCCAUCGCUUACGCGGUGACACAAACUGGGGCACGACGUCUCCUCUACGAAUUCGGUAUCCGGGAAUUCAACAAGGGAUACGACUUUGCCUUGUCCGACUACUGCAACGGGUUGACACGAGGAGCUACGCAGGAGACGAUGCCGCUGUGUAUUACGGUCCAACCGCCAAUUUUUAGCCACCAUUUUCCAGAACGGAUGAAGAGCGAUAUUACGGGGCAUACGGCGGGAUUUGUACCGGCUGUAGAGACAAGGUAUGUGAGGUGGAGUGUGAGGAUGAAUUUGGAGAGGUUAGUGAAGGGGGAGGACGGCGUUGAGGAGCAGUGGCCGGAUACGAAGAUGGAGACUUGA